AGUAAAAAAAUAGGAAUAUAUAAUGCAAGACCUUUUUUAAAUCCAUGUAAAGUGAACAUUUGAUUAAAAAAUCUUGAUACAUAUUUAAAAGUAUCAUUGUUAUGUCUUAUUUGGGUUUGUUCCUUCGUAGACAAUUUUGAGUUGUUAUCCUCUGUUAAAGAAUGAAUUCGCUCUCUCGAAAGUACUACAGUACGCUAUUGAAACUUAUUUUUACAGGAAUUGAAUUUUAACGCAAUGAAUUAAAAUGAUAUUAAUACUUUUAUUUUUUAUAUAAAACGUACACACAGUAAUCGAGACUCAAAUAACUGGUAGUUUUAUUAAUAUGAUUUUUUUUAAUUUUAGAAAAAACUAAUGUUAACAACAGCAGAAAAGUUACGCUCUAAAGACAAACAAAUGUUACCAUUGAAACAUUUUUUUAAUGUUGAUUUUGGCAAUGAUAUGAUUGACUAUGCAAAACCUUCAAGAAUAUUGAUGAAUAGGUAUUCUAAUGACACGUAUUGGCCAGAAUACAGUGUUUCCAAAAAUGUUCCAAAAGUGAAUGAAAAUCAACAAGAAACAUUUUAUGAAAUGGAAAAUUUAAGUCUUUUAAUCAAAAACGCAAAAAUUUGUCCGUCAUUUCAUAAAUUUAUUGCUGAAUGUGAUAAAAGUACAAAUUGUGAUGAUGACAUCGACAUAAACAAAUUAGAUAAUAUUCAAACACAUUUUAGUCAAGAAACAUCUGCAUCUUGUGCUAACAAUUCUGAAGAAACUGAUGAUUCAAUGGAUGAAGAUUUUAACAAACCAAGUUCAGAAAUAAUAAUAAAUACAAGUCCAGGAUCAUCUAAUCAGAAUAGUAAUCGAUUUGUUAAACAAGAAAAUUUACAUACUUUAUCUCAAACAUUAUCAUUGCUGGAUAUAACGAAUAGCAGUGAUUAUACAUUCUUUGAUCGUAAAAAAAUACGUAACUUUAAAUGUCCCAAUCAUUGGAAAGAGAAGUUCGAAAUGAUGAAAACUGACAGUAAACAGAAAGCAAUGCUUAUUAGGUCACGUGUAACUCAAACACAUUACGAAACUCACGUUCCUGAAUAUAAAUGUAGCAAUUCAAGAGCUAUUCAAUCUAAGGUUGAUUUUUAUUUAGAUAAGACUACAACAUUAAAAAUAUAUAUUUGAAUGCUGGUAAAAACCAAUGUAGUUAUAAUAAAUGGGAUCAAAGUAAUAACUUAAUUCCUUCAUCUGACCAAAGGAAUUUUACACCUAUCAGGCAAUUAGAAAAUUGCAAGUAUAUUAACAUGGUUCCUAACUGGUAUAAACAUGAAUUUGAGGAAUUAAAUUUGAAUACAAAUCCAAACACAUUGUUCUUGUUUCCAAAACAAGAUAUUCUAAAAGACAGA